AUGUUCGCGCUGCAGCAGCAGCACACUGUCCCUCUAGUAGAGAGAUUUGUUGCUGCACUAGCGCAGCUACUGGAGGAGGUCGAGCAGCAAAAGGAGAGAAUUCUUGCUAAAGGGACUAAUGGACAUCCUGCUGCUAUUUCUGCUGCUGCUGCUGCUGCUGCUGCUGCUGCACUCCCACCAACUGCAGGACUUAUCUUUUUUUUGUUUGGGGAUGUUAGGAAUGAGCAGACACUACAAGAAGAGGAAGAAGCAGCCAAAAGAAGGAGGGCUUUUGCUCGUGUACUGUCAUCUCUGGAGAGUUCAAUAAAAAGGACAACAGUGCCAACAGACAUAGAGGCUGCUCGUGCUGGUGGAUACCUGGUGGAGUGCUGCAGCAGCAGCAGCAGCAGUAGCAGCAGCACCAAAGUAGUACAACUAGAUAGCCCAUUCCGUGUUGCUGACGAAGAGGAACUGAGGAAACCUUUCCCUCAAUGCUUACAUGAGCUCCUGCAGCAGCAGCAGCAGCAGCAGAAGCCUGUGCUGCCUAGGAGACACCCAUUAGCAGCAAUAGUCACCAGUUUGCUGCCUUGUCUCUUCGAGAUCAUCUCUAGGCUGCAGCAGAUAUGGACAGAUGAGAUUCUUCUGCCCUUCCUCGUGCUGUCUUACAAACUUUCCCUUGUCGCCGCAGCAGCAGCAGCAGCAGCAGCAGCACAACCGGACCAACGACCAAUACAAACAGCAGCACCAACAGCAGCAGCAGCACCAGCAGCAGCAGCAACAACAACAAUGCCGCUGCAGCAGCAACUCCCGCUGCAGCAAGUUGAGCAGCAACUUAGAUUCUUCUGGGGACAGGUAUUAGAUCCAGAUACACUACCACCACAACCUCCAUACCCAUCACAACAGCUGCUGCUGUUCUUCGUCAACGAGGGUUUGCUGCCGCUGCUGCAGCGGCUGCGGAGGGAAUGGUCAGCAAUAGCAGACACGAAGGCAGCAUUAGAGAGCAGCAAGAGCAGCAGCAAAGAAGAAGAGAGACGACUUGGGGUGUAUCUGCAGCGGCUGUAUGCCCUUAGUAAUGUUGGCGACGUGCUGCUGCAGCAGAUAGGAUCCUUGCUGCACCACAAGACGAGUUCGCUUGUUGCUGCAGCAGCAGCAGCAGCCAGCAGCAACAGCAGCAGCAGCGGGGCCAAGACACCACCCAGCAGCACCUUUGGCAACCUGCAUGCAGGUGCUGCUGUCUCCGCAUCUCCUGCAGAGGAUGAUGAGACAGCUGCAUGCGCUCGUCAGGACAGCAACAACAGUCUCCCUACCAGCAGCAGCAGCAGCAGCAGCAGCAGCAGCAGCAGCAGCAACAGCAGCGCCAACGAUCUGCGCCUAGGGGUCUAUUAUAACCCCGCCCUCCUGCAGCCUCUUGUUGCUGCUGUUAUUGAGUUACAAAGAUGGCCUAUACCCACUAUUAUACAUCAAGGACAUGCUGUGCUGCGUGCUGUAGGGAAGACUAUAGCCAAGCUACCUUCUCCUGUUCCUCCUUGUUUAUUAGAUUUAUGUUUUAUGAGUUUAUCUCAACUUCUUUCUUAUUACUUAGAAGUCACGCAGUUUGAUCCCUUGGCAUUUGGCGGUGAUUCUCUGCAGCAGCAGCUGCUGCAGCAGCAAGGGCUGCAGGAGCAGCAGAGGGAGCAAGGAAGCACUCCCUUACAAAAAUAUAUUAGUGGUGCUGAUGUAGCAGGCAGCGGUGCCUCUUUGCUGCUCGAUUAUACAGGCAGUAUAUAUCAACUUCUUAGUACCCUUGUCAAGGCCGUUGAUGCGAAGACGAAGGGCAACGACGGCACACCAGCAGCAACAAAGCAGCAAAUUGCUGCUCUAAUCAAUGAUCCAAGGAUUGUUGCAGCCCUUAACCUGUUCCGCCCUCCAGAGGGCUGA